GGUUAUACGAUACACCUUCUCUUUAAAACUCAUUUUUUAGGUGCUCGCUGGUCUAUUGAAUAGGAGAAAGGAAAGAUCUCGACGAGGAGUUAGAUUGAGAGAGGAGAACGACCCCAAUCCCCCGGUGAUCCAAAUUAAUAUAAUGGAUGUUGAAAGUUCAAAGAAUAUCGUCGUUCCAAGUUCUGUUCGAGGGCAUCAAAUUUUCGUGGUUGAUCCUAACACUACUUCACUAAUGCACACAGCAGCCAUACUCGAAGAGCAUUAUUAUAAAGUUACGACGAUUGAAUUACCAACUAUAGCCUUGUCAAUGAUUCUAGAACGGGAAAGCCAAUAUGACCUUGUCAUUGCUGAAGUCAACAUGCAAGAGAUGGAUGGAUUCACAUUUCUCAAGCACAUUUUGCGUCAAAAAAACAUUCCAAUUAUUUUGAUUUCUGAUAAAGCAAACGUGGAGAUUUCCAAGAGAGCCUUAGAUGAAGGAGCAUGCUUUUUUUGGCGAAAACCAUUGAGGGUGAAUGAUCUCAUCAAUGUUUGGCAGCAUAUUAUUUGCAACAAAGUCAAAGAAAACGCUCAAAAAGUGAACAAAGGGGCGGUAGGUGGUCCAAAGAAAGGUAGAGUUGACGAGCUUGGACUUCAAUACUCUUCACCGAUGUUGUCUGAUGCUUCUAUUUUGAAAAAUACGGACAAAACGGAAAUGAUGCGAAGUCAAAUCGCAGAGCUAGUGCAAAAGUGUGAAACUUACGACGCGAACUUUGCUAAAAUCGAGAAGUUCAUGAAGAAGCACAUGGCACAGAUAUCUGAUGAUGAUAAAUCGACUAAAUCCUAUAAGGAUUAGAUCGUAUUGUUGUUGGUUAUUAUUUUUUAUUGUCACAUUUAAAUUAUUUAGACUUGAAAUUUCUCUUGGUUGUUGGUUUGGGAUGUUUAGACUAUUUCAAAUUGAUGUUUGUUUGGGAUGUUUCAAAUGCUUCAAUGUUUAGAUUAUUUGUUUAUGUUUGA